AUGGCGGCGCCCGAGUCGCCUUCGCCUCGGAGGGAUCGCUCGAAGAAGGCGCUUCUGGUGCAGGCCUUGCUUUGCGUGCUCUGCUGCUUGGUCGGGGCCUUCUACCCCACGCUCUUGGACUGGUCAAAGACAGCGCUCGAGCGGGAAAUCUUCCAGCACCACACGGAGGAGCGCCGGUCUUUCCCGUUCAGCCCGGUCAGUGUGGUGCUGGUCAACGAUGCCUUGCAGCUGGCUCUGGCGCUCCUUGCCGUGCAGCUGAGAGUUGGGCUGCCGCAGCUCUUCACAGACUCGAGCCUGAUCUGGAAGAUGCUGCCGCUGGGCCUCAUCUAUGCCCUGGGCGAGCUGCUGACGCUGCGUUCGGUGCAGAAGGCCUCCGGACCCGUGUACGUGGUCAUCGCCAACAUGAAGCUGGUCGUGGCUGCAGUGAUGUCGCGGCUGUUCUUUGGCCGGCCGGGGCCUUAA